AUAGACCUUCUUUCUUACUUGAAAUAAUCAAUAUACUUGAAGGUGGCGGGCGGAUUUGUACUCUUAUUUGUUUUAAUGAACGUAAUUUCUUAUGCAGCUUACUUCAAGAGUAACUGAACACUUUACAUAGUUGUAUUACGGAAAUAUACGGACAUUACGCACAAUGCUGAUAUAAUAAACGAUUGCAGACGUCGAAGUUGCUUUACGCAGACUGGUACAGAAAGGAGAAACCCGAAAUACAAUGAAAGGACUAAAACCAAUACGAGAACAUUCUAAAGAACCAAAAGACGAUGACAAUUUGGAAGGCCUGGAAGACCCCGUGAACGGUGAGGAGUCUGAUGAGGAUGAAGAUGCUGGCGUUGAACUCUCAGAGGUCAUCUCUGAACGCGUACAGCACUUUGUUAAGCGUUUUGCUAAAGGAUUUGGAAGCGGUGUGGCUGUAUACUCCGGAAUAAAGGUGGUCACAGCCCUAAUGAGAAAUCCUUUCAGAGAAGGUUUACCAAAGAUUCGAGCAGAUGUCCUAGCUAAAGAUGGACUGAAGUUUGCCACAUUUAUGGGUCUGUUCCCCAGCAUAUACGAUCUGGCUGUAGAACUGCUGGAACAAUACCGGGGCAAGAGGGAUGACUGGAACAGUGCGCUUGCAGGGGGAAUAGCCGGACUGGCGAUGGUGGUCGAGGACCGCACAAGACGUAGAAUCUACUGUCUGUUCGCCAUCGCUCGUGCGAUCGGGGCGAUGAUUUCCACCCUCGUCAAACGCGGAUUACUUCCGUCGGUCCCUUACAGCGAAACUGCCCUGUUUUGCUCCUGUACCUCUUUUCUCGUGUACUGCACCGCUCUGCAGCCACAAUAUCUCUUCACUGGGUAUUACAAAUCAGUACUGAAGUGGUCCAGGGAUUAUACGGAUGAAAAACUCAAGAAACUGUUCAGAGAGCAUGGGGACACAUUUCUGACCUGUGCUGAUGUCGGACUGCAUGAUCAAAACUGCACGAUUCACGCAGCCAUAGACUUCGCUCAGAGUAUUCCUCCGUUUGCCAAAUUGUACCUUCCCAUUCAUAUGGCACCGGUGAUAUUCUUCAAGUACAAACAGUUUUUCAAAAGGCCAAAACAAGUAUUGAAGACUGUUGUAAAGAAUACCUUCUGGUCUACAGCCUUUCUGGCUACGAUGGUCAUGGUAGCGAAGUACGCUAUUUGCCUGCUGCGAAACCUUCAACAUCGCCCUCCUCCUUUAAGGCCAUGGAUACCAGCCGCAGCAGGGAUCCUGGCGGGGUUGGGCGUUCUGUUUGAGGGAACGCAUCGUCGAAGAGAGUUGUCCUUGUUUCUUAUACCUCACACCUUAUAUGCCGUCUACCUUUGGGCGAAAGAGGCGAAGAUUGUACGUCACAUCCCGAACAGCUCUAUUCUGCUCUUCGCGCUCGCGUUGGUACCGAUAAUGCACGCGUACGAACGAGAACCUGAAUCAUUGAAUCUGCUUCUGCACAGUGCGUUGAAGUUCUUUGUUGGUAAAAGGAUGAGCACAGUGGAAAGAAAGAAGAGAAGAACCAUUAGCGAAAUGAGCAUCUGAAACAGAAGGCAACACAUAAACAGUACGCUUGAAUCAAAACAUGAAGAAGUGAUUCCAUUUAGUGCCACCAGUGGUCACUCAAAUGCAAAGGACGAUCGAAUAAUGUUGUUAUCAUGAUUGUUAUAACACGUAUAUUUAGGAAUUUGUUUUAAUUCAAACACAGGUGUCACAUUUAAUGCAGACGACUGUCUCGAUUCAAAUCGUCAAAAUCAUUAAAAACAGUAAAUGAAUUGUAUUGUCUGUAAAUAUGAUGUAUGGGACUGCAUUUUGAAAGUGUUAUAUUUAUAAACAUACUUCAGUCUUAAUUAACACUUUUGUCUGGAUGACAACCUAUGCAUAUCCUCAUCAAUGCUUAAUCAUCAUCAACAAAUAAUACUAACUCAUUAUUCUCUAAAUUAGAAUAUUGCGGUUUUACAGUGGAAACUGCUGACGACAGAAUAACUAGGGGGAACAUAAUUGUACGAAAAUGCUGAAUUUCAAUUACAAGAACAACAUGUUGAAACAAUACACAUAUUUAAGAUGCCAAGGGGGUGCUUGUUAAUUUAGGUGAUUGACAGUAAAAUACCUUUUCUUGCAAGUUUUGAGCUACGACGUGAUUUUUUUCUCGACAUGAAUAUACCCGCCUCUUUUUCCCUUUAAAGACACCCAUCUAAAAAUAUUUAAACACAAUCGUUAGAUUUUUGCCUUAUAAUACCUGGAAAUACAGAAUUGUAAUUACGACGAUCAUUUUCUUUUAAGUAUUAAUUUAUUAGACACAAAAUGAAUCUUAAAGUUCGCGAAGCAGUGUGGUAGUUGGUCAUACUUUAAAAAGAUCGAAAAUGAUAUUAAUUCAGUUAAUUGUUAAUCUUCAUGUUAUGAAAUUGCUGCAGUUUUUUCACAAUUCGUUUCCUACUAAAUUACUAUUCAUGAGCACCACAACCUAUUCAUUGGCACCACAACGUUCAGAAAAUCGAGCAUAGUGCAGCAAGUAUAACCAACAAAGUUGUAAAAUUUGUAACGCGGCAACCUUUUGUCAAUAAAAAAGUCACACACAUGUAAAGAAAAUGCUUAAACCUAAGGUACCAGAACAAUUCUCACGAAUAUCCAGAUUUUUACGUUGUCAACACUAACGUAAAGCAAGUUAUGCAAGUUCUAGACGAUCAGAUAUUUAAUUUUAUUCAAAACUUUUACAUUUAGAACAACUCAUGGCCAUUCCUAUGUGGAACUACAUUCCCCAUUUUUUAAAUUUACUCGCAUACACCUCUAAAAUUGAAAAAUAAGAAACCAUACUCACUGUUUACAUCUAUAUUUCAAUCAUUGGCACUAUAACGGAAGACGCGUUGGAGAAUUUUCAACACAUAACAAAAUGUUAUGGCUCCAAUGAUUACCCGCCGUGUGUUUAGCAAGUUUGCUUCUGUAAUUUUAGUGUUAGCCUAGACGUCAAGAUAGAUAUAGGUCAUAAACCUACGAAGCCUAUCUUUGCAUACACCCCAGGUGCAGUGAAUAGCAGAAGUGCCUAGCAUACGAUAAUUUACAACAGAAAUGGUUGUGGGAUAAACACACAUAAGUAUCAUAAACUGCAACAGGUUUUAGAAUGUCUCUUGCAAAAUAUGUUCAGGAGUAUAAUUCAACAGACGAGGAUGGUGAAUGCAGCAAGUCGUCGGGAGAUUUGGCUAUGCUGGAAGACAGCAUCUACAAUCCAACAUCACCGAGGUUAAUGUUUUCCGCACACCUGUCUGCCUCAUUGACAACACUCACACCAUUCAAGAUCGUUAUCUAUGACGUAGCGGAGUCAAACGAUGAUGACGUGUAUAAUCCAUGUACUGGGCGCUUUAAGGCAAACUUAAAUGGACUACAUGUGUUUUUUGUGACAAUUUCUACUGCGUCAAAAGUGUUCGAAGAAGAUGAAUCGGUUUGUUUGAUCCAUAACUUUCAUCCGAUAGAUACGUCCAAAGUGACUAUACUCACUGCCCGAAAAGGUGUUUGUAAGACAAAGACGUUCCGGACAGAAGUGAGCAUGCGCAAAGGAGACGAGCUGUGGAUAAUGCGAAUAUCAGAUGACAAAAAACAACCAUCAAAGCAAGUUUUGUAUUAUACGUCAUUUUCAGGUGGUUUAUUAAAAGAAUCUAAAGAGUA